AUGAGGUCGUUUAUUACCAUACCCAUUCUCCUAGGCUCCCUGGGAUCGUCCUCACCUAUCAAAUUCAGAUCCGACUCACGGUUUGAUGUCGAAGCACCAGAACAGACACGGGUUGGCUACUUUGACGGAGAUACCUUCUACUCCCCGCCCUUCGCUCCUCCUCGUGUAAAAAGCAACAACGAGCUACAUGAAGAUGGUGAUGAGUCUGUAGCUGAUACAGCCAUCCCAGACUGGCCCACAACCCAUCUACUAGCACGGCGUUUGCUCGCUAUCUCCUCUACAGCUGUCCUUUCCACGGUCUACCCCAAAGGCUAUAGGGACGGCACUCUCGAGGGAACGCCUAUUGGUUUACCCGACUAUAUCGCCGACUGCUCUGCCCACGAUAACAACGUUGCCUUGACGAAUAUUCUUGGACGAGGAAAUCCUCUUUUACUUGCCCUGAACAUUGGCACAACGUUUAGAAAUGCAAAGGCUGGGUCUAAGGUUUCCCUAUCAGUUGACUGGUGGCAGCACUCCCGUAUUCCGCCAGAGGGAGAAGAUCCUCUAGAUCGUGUGCCAGCUGGGCUUCCUCGCCUUUCACUCCUCGGACGCAUUGAGGAGAUUCAACUCUCAUCUUUAUCUAAAGGGGACAAGGAAGCAAUCGAACAGUGCUUCCUCAAAAAUCACCCAGACUCCAAAUACUGGCUCCCAGGGUCACCAAAAUCUCCGCAUAAUGGAUACUGGGCACGGCUAGUUGUUGAAAAGGCGUUUUGGGUGGGGGGCUUUGGUGAUAGAGCAAGAAUAGGCUGGCUUGAUAUGGAUGCUUGGAAGACUGUUCCGGAGAAUAGCAAGGAUGGGAAGAAAGGGUGGGCUGAUAUCAAAUUACCAGGAGAGUGA